CUGUGUUGGAAGUUGGGGUUGGAUGUUGGGUUUUUAUUUUAAAGUUGUUAUUGGAUGGUGUCAGGGUUAAGUUAUGUUUUAGGUACUGAAAAUAUGCUCUCAAGAAAGAAUAAAGAUUCUGCUAUUACUGAGGGCGUUACAGGAAGAUAUGUUAAAAGAGAAGCACCACCAGACCUCUCCAUUGUGAAUGUAUGGACUCAGCAGCCUAAGCCACCUAAAAAUGAUUGGAAGAAGAAAAUGUCACUCUCCUCCAGUCAGUCCCGCGGCUCGCCGCAGCCGGCCGGCUCGUCGGCCAGUAUCCUGCCGCGGAGCGGUGCGCGCGGCAGCCAGGCCCGCGUCUCCACUGGCCACGAGGGCACGUACCGGUCACACCCGGCCGGCGGCCACGGGCCGGCGCAGGGCGCCGCCGCCGCCGCUACCGGCGCCAGCCCGCAGCUGGGCGCGCCGCGCGCCGCAGCCGCCGCCGCCGCCGCCGCCGCGGCAGUCGGUCACAGCCCUCAGCUGCCGGGACAUGGGGCGCACGGCGGGUCACCACACCCGGCCGACCUGAGCGCCAGGAUUGGUAACCAGAGUCUGCGCGAGAAGCGUUCGUCGGGGGCGGCGCAGCACCACUGGGGUCUGCGGCAGGCCAUGAGCCACACCUACAUCAACUACUACGCCGGCUCCGACUGCCACCUGGACCUGCUGAAGGAGUCGCCGUCCAGCCGCGCGUCUCCGCACGGCGUCAGGAAGGUAUCUCACGGCCAAUACACGUACACAGCCGAGCCGGCGGCGGCGUCGGCUGGCGGCGGCGGGGACCAGCAGCCGGAGCCCGUCUAUCAGAACUUGGAGGAGUACCGCCAGCUGCUGCAGCGGCACCGAGAGCAGCAGCAGCUGAUACAGCAGCAGCAGCAACAGCAACAGCAGCAGCAGCAGCAGCAGUACGUCAGCUCGUACUCGGGCUCCAGUCAGCAGCUGCACCAGCCGCAGCAGCAGCAGCCCCUGUACCAGUUUGCGGGCGGCGGUGGAGGAGGGGGCGGCGCCGACUCCUCUCUGGGAGGCAGCCAGCAGCAGCUGCAGCCGGCCGCGGCGCAGAUCCUGCCCGCGCUGGCCGGACCGGCGCCACAGCAGAUGGCCAUCCAGCCGUCAGACCUGGAGCUGCCGCUGCCGCCCGGCUGGUCAGUAGACUACACGCGGGACGGCCGUCACUACUACAUCGACCACAACACCAAGACGACCCACUGGUCCCACCCGCUGGAGAAGGAGGGGCUGCCCACCGGCUGGCAGCGCGUCGACUCGCCAGAGUACGGCACCUACUACGUCAACUACAUCACACAGCACACUCAGUACGAGCACCCGUCGGCGCCGCGCUACUGCGCCCAGCCGCUGCACCCGGAGGCACAGCCGCGGCCGCAGCUGCCCGUGCCGCAGCGGCCGUCCACGCAGCUGGGACACUCGCUGGUGCCGGCCAGCCCCUACCUGCUCGAGGAGAUCCCGCACUGGCUGAAGGUGUACAGCCAGGCGCCGCCCGAGCACGACCACAAACUCGAGUGGGACCUGUUCCGACUGAGCGACCUCAGCUGCUUUGACGCCAUGAUGUCCCGACUCUACAAGCUGGAGCUGGAGGCACUCGUCAUGAAGUAUGAGGCCUGCAGGAUGGAGCUGGCUAGGGAGAUGGAGCAGCGGCAGCUGGCGCCGGCCGCCCCCGUCCCGGCCAUCACCGCCGUCAGCUGCGCAGCCGUGCCCCGACCGGCGCCCUCUCCGCUGCCGGCCGCCACCCGCGCCGAGCUGAUCAAACGACAGCUCCUAGAGUCGGACGAGCCGCCCGAGAGCAAAAUCUGACCGGCCGGCCAGCCGCCGUCAGCGUUUGUAAAACGGUGCAGUGCUCCGCGUCGGGGCAUGCCAGCAGUGCCUGUCCGGCGCCCGUCCAGACUGCAGUGUCUGGGCCCGUCCAGCAGUGCAGUGGCCGUGGCCUGCCAGCAGUGCAGUGUCCGGGGUCCGUCCAGCAGAAGUGCAGUAUCGCCGACCUGCCAUCGGUGCAGUGAUCCGCGCCGGGGUCUGUCCAGCAGUGCCUGUCCGGGGCCUGCAGUCCAGCAGUGCAGUGAUCGGUGCCGGGACCCGUCCAGCAGUGCAGUAUCCGUAGUCUGUCAGCAGUGCAGUGAUGCCGGGCCUGUCCAGCGGUGGAGUGAUCUGCACUGGGCCUGCCAAGCAGUGCAGUGAUCGGUGCAGGCCCAGGGGCCUGCCCGGCAGUGCGGUACCCCCGCGCACCGAGGCCUGCUCGGCAGUGGUGUCCGGGGGCUGCCCAGCAGUGCAGAGUGAUCUGCGCUGGGGCUCGUCCAGCGGUGUAGUGCUCCGCAUUGGGGCCUGUCCAGCAGUGCAGUGAUCCGCACUAGACCUGACACGCUCUGCCACCUCGGGUCCGAGACCAGUCACGUGGGAGGGACAGGAGUCGGUGAGCCACUCCGCCCUCCGUGGUGAUUGGGCCGCCAAGUCCAAUGUGGGCAACUUGGUCCGAGGUACAGGCCAGGCGGGAACUGUGCAGCUCGGUCGGAGCUGCACCGUGCCGUGCCUAAUAUUCAGGACAUUGUGGCCUUCGGUGGCGGCGGGCUGGUGAGAAGCCGACCGACCCUUGCCGCAGCCUCAGCGUGCCGUCCGUACCGGCCUGUGCCCGGUCCCCCGACCAGUGUUGUGCCUGUAACUAUCUGCCAAAUCAGCCACGCAGCUUCCAGCAGUGCCGCGCGCCCUCGGCGCCUCUCGCCAGACUCUGCCGCCAUCGGCAGCGAAUUUUAGCCGACUGUGGGGCGAUCUUCCAGUGUCAUUGUUGCUUUUUUAGCUCGCAGAGAGAAUGCUUUUAGCUCGUUGUGAGUAAUUUUUAGAAGGCCAUUGAACAAGUAUCGGCUCUUGGUGUCGUUUAACUCGCCAAGAUGCCAUUUGUGCCUGACGCGUUGAUUACUUGAUUGCAUAGUUGAUUACUGGACGUGUACAAUGUUGGCGGAAUCGAUCAGAUGGGGGGAGGGGGGGGGGGUGAUAUGCCGUACGGUAUUCGUGCGAGGGGCAUUUUCAUGUGAGCCUUAAUUGAAGACAGGGGCGGGGGACGGCUGGGCAGGAUGGGGAGGGGUGGGUAGUUCUUGACGCCAGUCUUGUUAGAGGGGUAGAACGUCGGGUUAUUUUGUAUAACACGGUACGGUCGCCAGUCCUGGCAGUGUUCGCCGUGAAAACUCGUCCAUAAGUGCGUGCAUUUGGCACACCGUAUGCCGCUGACUGUAUGUUGUGGUGGGCUCGGCCGCUGCGCUGACCGGCCGGCACGGAGUGUGACACUCCACUGGCGGGGCCCUUGCCUGUGAGCGCGCGGCGCUCUGUGGCUAAUCCUGCCCCGCCGCUGCCGGCCGGGCGGGCCCACGGCCACCAUUGAGCCGUUGCUUUAUCGGUGUCCGAGCCAUGCGACGGCUGCUUGAUUGUGAGUUGUGACGUCUCUGAUUGCGCGUGUGUUACGGAGUGCGCCGAGUGAGAGUAUGUGGACGGAAUGUGCGACGGAUUUGUGGACUGUCCACCCGGUGUGGACGCGGUGGAGCGCGGCGGUGGACGGCGCCCGCCUCCAGGCAAGUCUUUCAGGGUGCAGCGCGCGCGCGCGGACGGCCGGGGGACGAUCCGACCUUUCGGGAUCAGAGUAGCUCUACGUUAACACUUGUGAUACCCUUGUGAUUGGUGAAAAUAUAAUGAUCGCUUUUAUAAUG